AAUUUCCAGGGGCAAACUGCAUUUUGCCCGGAAAUAAAAUACUAGGGAGUCAACGGAACAAAAGUCAGACACGAGGGAAAUAAGAACGUUGCCGGGAAGUGGGCCCCACCAACCAUCUGCAGACGACCGUCAACACGCUAAUCCGGUUACCGUAUAUAGUCUCUACUUUCCUAUUUGUCUCACUCUUCGACGGGUCAAACAAGUAAACCAGACGGAGGACUUGUACACGAGAUUCCCCCAAAUCCUCUCAAUUAGGGUUUCUAACGGGGGUGAAAAUUGGGUCAAUUUUACGUGAUUUUGAAUCAAUUCCGCCAGAUUACACUUUGUCCCAGGUAAGAAAUUAUAGAGGGCAAUCUUGGAUGGGAACACCAUCUGGAUCUCAUUUCAAUAGUCAAUCCUCAAUGCUGCCGCCUCGUCAACAGCCACGCCCUGGAGGCAGGGGGCUACAAACCUCCCUCUCCUUGGUCUCACCCGAUGCAUGUGGGUCCCCAAAUCCCGAACGUGGCUCCAAUUCUGACCACGUACGCGAAUCCCCAACCGAAAGUGCUAGUUCACGAGAAACCUGGCCCACAGCCGAUGCUUUGAUAGCAAAGAAACUCGAGAAGGAAAAAGACAUGGAGAAUAAUUAUGCCGAGCACUCUGUUGUCAGGCAUUUUUCGAGUUCGGAUAAGAUGUCCCUUCAAGAUGUAGCUAGAGAGAGAGUGGAAGUUAUAGCAGAACGUAUGCAGAAUCUUCCGGAUAAGUACCUGGACAAGUUCAAGAACGAACUCCGCUCGUUUCUUGAAGGGUUAGGUGGUUCUCAACAAAGAGAAGAGUUCCUUUUUUUACAGAAGGUGGUCCAAAGUCGAGGCGAUUUGACCGAAAAAACACUAACAAUGGCGCACAGGAUUCAGCUAGAAAUUCUAGUUGCUAUGAAGACUGGAAUUCAAGCUUUUUUGCAUCCAAGUGUUAGCCUCUCUCAAGCUUCACUUAUCGAUAUUUUCUUGUACAAACGAUGCAGAAACAUAGCGUGCGGAAACGCAUUGCCUGCAGAGGAGUGUACAUGUGAUUUGUGCUCGAAGAGGAACGGUUUUUGCAACCUAUGCAUGUGUGCGAUAUGCAACAAGUUUGAUUUUGAGGUUAACACGUGCCGUUGGAUUGGGUGUGAUUUGUGUUCACACUGGACUCACACGGAUUGUGCUAUUCGAAACGGGCAGAUUGGAAUGGGUCCGUGUGUUAAAAACGGUUCCAGCUCAGCGGAGAUGCUUUUUAGAUGCCGAGCUUGCAGUAGGACUUCUGAGUUGGUUGGGUGGGUGAAGGAUGUGUUCCAACACUGUGCACCGAGUUGGGAUAGAGAUGCUUUGAUUCGAGAACUCGAUUUUGUGAGUAGAAUAUUCCGUGGGAGUGAAGAUCCGAGAGGCAGGGAAUUGUUCUGGAAGUGUGAGGAGCUUAUCGAGAAAUUGAAAAACGGGGUUGCCGAACCUAUGGCUUGUAAAUUGAUCUUAUUGUUCUUUCAAGAACUCGAGGCGGACCCCACAAAGAAUCAAGAAACCGAAGAAGGCCGAACAAUAUCCCCACAAGAAGCAUUCAAUAAAAUAGCCGAUGUAGUCCAAGAAGCCGUCAGAAAGAUGGAAACUGUAGCAGACGAGAAGAUGCGAAUGGUUAAAAAGGCCCGUUUGGCUGUAGAGGGGUGCGAGCAAGAACUCAAAGACAAAGCUAGAGAAGUUGCUGCACUCAAAAUGGAUAGGCAGAGAAAGAAGGUACAAAUAGACGAGCUCGAAAGCAUUGUUAGGCUUAAACAAGCAGAGGCAGACAUGUUCGAACUGAAGGCAAACGAAGCCCGAAGAGAAGCUGAGAGAUUGCAAAGAAUUUCACUUGCGAAAACGGAGAAAUCGGAAGAGGAUUACGCGAGCAGGUAUUUGAAGCAGCGAUUGCACGAAGCUGAAGCGGAGAAGCAGUAUUUGUUCGAAAAGAUUAAGCUGCAGGAGAGUUUGAGCAAGCCUGUGCAGAGCGGUGCUGGAACGAGCGAGCCUUCUCAUUCGAUGUAUAAUAAAAUACAGGACCUGCUCAAGAAUAUGUAUAAUACCCCUUCGAAGGGUGAGGGGCAAUCGAACGACCUUCAUUCUCACGGUGCUAUGUGAAUUAGACUUCUUUUUUAAUUAUGUGACUUGGAAUGCGAAUUUUACUCCGUGAUUUGAAUUAUUUAUGUUUUUUUUUGGGUGCUAAUUUCUUGUAGUGUAGGGAAACGAGUUCAUGAACUGAUGUUGCAGAAACGUGUAAUUUGUGUGCUUGUAACUGUAAAAUCCAAUUUGUCUUCUGUUUAGAUGCUAUUUUGUUAGUCAUUUGAUUCUAUAUGCCCUGUUUGCCAAAGGUUUUACCCUGGUAAUAAACCAGUGUCAAACAUGUCAGAGAAAUCAAGAAGUUUGCAUUAUUUUA